UUUUUAUGCAUAUUACUAGUGAAAAUUGAUUUUGUAUUUUAAUAAAUACAAACUAUCAUACUUAGAAAUGUAUCAAGUUUUGAUCGUGUGACAGAUUCAGAAUUCUCACAGUCCGUUCAUAAUCAGGACGAAAGCACCCAGUAAAACAAGAACCGAGGAACUGAAGAAAUGUGAUUAUAAAAGACUACAGAAGGGAAACACCAGAGGCAGGAUAAAUCAAAAAUUCAGAAUAGCAAAUUAGGACAAUUAUAGAAAAGUGAAGUGUUUAAAGUGGGUGAAGGAGCUCGUGCUAUUUCAGUGGCAGUUCAGUUUAUCCUUGUUUUUUGUAUUUAUUUUAUUUUUGCAUUCUAAAUUGAUUUGACAUGUCUUUGGACUAUAACAACUAAAGGAUGCCUCACUGUGACUUUUUGUUCUGACUGGAUCUAAUUAGAAGGCACUAGAAUUGGAUCAUUAAAAUCUUGUGUAUACAGUGUGUGAUUGAAUGAGUCAUGCAUACAAUAAAAUAUGUUCUUUGUAGAUAAAACACACUAAAUGUAAAAUUAUACAGUUAAUUAUAAAAUUGUGUUUUACAUAAGUCGUUUUGGAUUCACAUACCUCUUCCGGUUAUUACUUCUUCUUGACAGAAUGCCAUGUAAUUCUGAAAGUAACCCUAUUCUAGCCACUGGAAUAUUCUUUUUUUUGAUGAGAAUCACCCGGACUAAUUCAGUUACAUUUAUGUGCCCACAUACUUUCUCUUGACAUUAUAAGUUAACUACAUGCUCAGUGAAGUACAAAGACUUUGCAUUUGAAAUUUGACUGCAUAUGGCAAGGCGUCUCUUUCAGAUGUCAGUAACUUCCCCUUUUUUAUGGCUGUGCUCAGUGACCUUGUGUUGCAACAGUUAUUUGUUCAGCUGCCGUCUCUGAGUGCUGUCUGUCUUUAUAACGGAGCAUUAAACAUGUGGUUAUUGGGAGGAUUCUGAACAGGAGCGGAACAGACAUGAUGAUGUUUACAACAUGCAGGGUUGGUUUCAAAAACUCUUGAAAUCAAGAGCAACAACACCACGUGAACAAGAAUCCAAUGCAAGGCAAAUCUCAGAGACUUCUGUCAGCAGUGCAUUAACACCAUCUAUGCCUACAUCAUCGCUGCAGAAUUCAUCACCAGGGGCAACCCCUUCUAGACAACAGUUUGCUCUGGGGUCUGAGCUGAGAUGGAAGCGAAAAUAUGACGUGUUCGUGUGUCACAGCACUGCCCAUCCUGACAUUGAAGAAGCCACCCACCUGGUAUCGUUCCUUGAGGCUUCGCCCCACGGCCUCAGGUGCUUUCUGUGGCAGAGGGACACCUGUCCAGGAGGUGCAAUUUCCACAGAGUAUUGUGAGGCUGUGCAGAACAGCCACUUACGGGCUCUGCUUAUCACUCCCAGCUUUGUUCAGGAUGGCUGGUGCAAUUAUAUGAUGCACCAGGCUCUGGCAGAGGGACCUAUGUCUCGUAGGAUGAUUCCUCUGGUUAAGAACUUGUCUAUGUCCCAGUAUCCAAAAGAACUGAAGUUCUACUACUACAUUGACCUGAGCAGAGGCACUGACCGAGGAUAUAUGCUUGUCAUCAAGGCUGUGAUCAGCUACCUGGAAGACCUGGUUAAAAGCGAGAUGCAACUAAAUUGCAGCAUGGGCAGUUCUAGCGGUGGAUUAGACUAAGAAGACAGCCCAUUAAAAAACAAGCUCAUGUGAUAGAACAAUUCCACUGGGACUUCUAUUCCGGUGGAAGUGAUGCAGAACAGAAAUAAAAGCUCCAAUGACAUUUGCAUUGAUCAUCAUCAACAGUAAUAAGAUGAAGGUUGAAGGCUCUGGAUGGAAAAACACUGCUGCUAUUGACUGGACUCACAUCAUGCAGUGAUGUGAGGUACAAGUUAAGUUAUAGUGCAUUAUUUGACUUUUUCUGGCGCAUUAUAAUUGCAGGGUGUGUGAGGAGGAUGUUCAUGCAGUGAACAGGAAACAUUUAUUUCCUGGCAGCAUCUAGGUUUAUUUCCUGUAUCAGAUUUACAGAAAUAGAGAUUGUGUUGACUGUUAAACACAUACUGAGGAAUUCUGUGUCACCCAAUAUGUAAGCUCAGCGUUUAAAGGAGUUAGAAUAAAUUAUACAGGCUACCAAAACAGGACACAGCGUUUGCCACUAGGUGGUGUCUUUUCCUGUAUAGUCCAAGUGAGGAGAUGUCAGUCAUGAAUGUAUGAGGGGGGCGGAUGGGUGGAGGGAGAGUAACGGUGAAAUGGAAGUAUCCACCCAUAACAAAGUGUUGACAGCUGCAUGAUGUUUUUUUGUUGAACCAAAUAUUAAUAGAUAAAAUGUAAUUGUCAUUGAGAAAAGAAGCAUCCUCAUGCUUCCUUUUUUUUGGACAAAAUAUCAGGCAAGGUAAGAUAUCAGACUGAUGGUGUUCAUCUACUGGUAUUAAUAUUUCUGACAAUCUGCCAAUUGGCUGGUUUCUCCCUGUGUGGAGUCUAUGUUCUUCCUGUGCAUGGGUUAGGCUAAUUGGCAUCUUGAAACAGUCCAUGUUAUGGUGAGCUGUCAAGGGCCAGCCCUGUCUCUCUGCCAAUGUCAUCCUGGAUAGCCUUCAGGCCCAGACAUCCCUCUAAAGGAUGAGCAGGUACAGCUAAUGAACGGAUAGUUGGAACAAAGUCUGGACAUGUUGAAAUAUUGGAAGUAACACCCUGCCUCCUCCCUCCGAAGAAUUUUUAGUUCUCUGUUCAUUAAAUGUCCUUGGCAGUCCCUUCCCUUGUUAAUCAAACAUAUUUCAGAUUGCUGGCAUUUGGUUCAUUCCUUAUAGAAUAUCAUAUAUUCAUUGAAUCAACUGGAGUAUAUGGUUUGUCAUUCAAUAGCAUUAUUGAAUCAUUCAUAGCAAGCAUGAAUUAUUAUUAUGAUGAUUUUACAUAAUGUACUUUAAGUUCCAAGAAGUGCUACAUGUUCCCUUUUUUCUGUUUUUUUUCCUUUUUUUUAUUAAUGGCAUAUCGUCCUCCCAUCCCCCUAAACAGCAUCUGACAUUUAGCACCACAAUAAAAGACCUUUGAUAAUCGCCUCUUUUGUGGCAAGCCAACAAUGUAACAUAAAAUUUAGACUAAUCUCUGAAAGGCACAGAUGUUCGGUAAGGCUUUUGUUGUUACCAUUACAAAUCCUCACACACACACACACACACACACACACACACACACACACACACACACACACACACACACACACACACACACA